CCCAGGCAAAUCAGUCGUCUUCCCACGGAUUUUUUUAAUCGCUUAAACAAAAUUUAAGCCCUUUUAGUAAGUGGUAAGCGGUGCACGUCGCUCUUCGAUUCCCAUUUUUAUGAACGAAACUCUGAAAUGAAACCAUGACCCAACAAGCAAUCUGGUGUGGGGAUGGAAGUUUUUGGCCCAAAUCGUCCUUCUGAGUGACCUACAGUUGGCUGAGCGAAACGCGAACCUCAUUUCUGCAGCUUUUGACUUGAACGGCUCCUCCACUUCCCCUUCAAUCGCACUGGGGUCGCUUUCUUGAUUUGCAGUUUAUUGCAUUCGAGAAACUGUGUGUGUCUUUUGCUUCAUCUGUUAGGAGGUAGGACUGGAUUGUGAUGGAUGUGAACGGCAAUAAACCUUUGAAAGCUGUUCGAAGAAGCUCGUCUCAGAAGGAAAGUGAAAAUGGAGGCCAAGUGGUUGUAGAAAUUAGCGGCGUAGUUCCUUCCAAAGAAACCAGAGACGAAAAUGGCUGCUCUGUUCCGAGCCAGAACAGAGUAGUCGAUUCUCAGAACAAAGGGCCGACGGAUUCCAGCAUUGGCUCUGCUAAUAAACCCCCAAAAAUCCCCAAUUCCAGUGGAACCCUCAUGCCCAGAAAAUCUCUCAAAAGAUCAAUCCAAUCCAAACCCAAAUCCCGAUUUGGGGAACAGCAGCCGUAUUACAUCGAUUCGGAUAUGUUUGAAGAGGAUCGGUUGUCGUUGAGAGAACAAAUCGGUGCCACUUCCUCCAGAAGGGCCUCGCCUGGUCACAAAUCGGCUCUCACCACGCCGAGGGCGCAAGCUGAGGAAGAAGACGAAGAUGCAAUCUGGAAGACAGAGCAGCUGAGCAAAGAGAAGCACAAGAAACUGAAAAUGAAGACGUUGGUGAAGUGGGUUGGGGUUUUUUGCAUCAUUGGUUGCUUGGUGGCUAGCUUGACUGUCAACCGUUUGAGGAAUUGCUUCCUCUGGGGUUUGGAGAUUUGGAAAUGGUGUUUGCUUGCAACUGUGAUUUUGUGUGGAAUGAUUUUUACUAAAUGGGUGAUGAAUGUGAUUGUGUUUUUGAUUGAGAGGAACUUUUUGCUCAAGAAGAAAGUUCUUUAUUUUGUUCACGGAUUGAAGAAGAUUGUCCAAGUGACACUUUGGUUGACGUUGGUUCUUGCUACCUGGGCGUCGUUGUUCGAUCGGAGUAACCAUAGGGUUUUGAGAUCAAAGACCGCCGGGAAGAUUUUGGAUGCUGGGACUUGGACUCUGGUAUCCCUUCUAAUAGGGGCGUUUUUGUGGUUGGUGAAAACAUUGUUGCUGAAAAUACUGGCGUCCAAGUUCCAUAUGAACCGAUUUUUCGACCGAAUCCAGGAAUCGAUAUUCCAUCAUCAUGUUCUACAGACCCUCUCGAGGCCUCCAUUAAUGGGGGUGGCUGAAUGUGCUGCCAGUGCCAAGUCCAGCAGUGGUCGACUGAGUUUGAAGGGUAAGAAGUCAGACCAUAAAAAGGUGAUUGACAUGGGAAAGAUUCACCAGCUGAAACGGGAGAAGGUUUCUGCUUGGACCAUGAAGGUGUUGGUUGAUGCAGUUACUAGUUCGGAGUUGUCGAUCUCACAAUUACUCGACGAAAGCUACCAAAAUGGUGGAGCUGAAGUGGCGGAUAGUGAUAUCACCGAUGAGAUGGAAGUUGCCCGAGCUGCGGCCUACAGGAUCUUCAACAAUGUUGCUCUUCCUGGAAACAAGUUCAUAGAGGAAGAAGAUCUUCUGAAAUUUAUGAUCAAAGAAGAAGUGGAUCUUGUGUUACCACUCUUUGAGGUAGCUGAUACAAGGCAGAUUGAUAGGAAAGCUCUAACAAAUUGGGUGGUGAAGGUUUAUCAAGGGAGGAAAACGCUAGCACAUGCCUUGAAAGACACUAAAACUGCUGUGAAGCAACUGAAUAAUUUAGUAACAGCACUUCUUAUAAUAGUAACAGCGGUUGUUUGGCUUCUGUUGAUGGAAAUUGCUACCACCAAAGUACUUGUCUUCCUUCUGUCUCAACUUGCAGUGGCAGCCUUCAUGUUCGGAAACACGUGCAAGACUACGUUUGAAGCUCUAAUCUUCGUGUUCGUCAUGCAUCCAUUUGAUGUUGGGGACCGUUGUGUUGUCGAUGGCGUCCCGUUGUUGGUUGAAGAAAUGAACAUCUUGACAACAGUCUUCUUGAAACUCAGCAACGAGAAGGUGUACUAUCCAAACUCAGUUCUGUCAACUAAGCCCAUCACCAAUUACUACAGAAGUCCAGACAUGAGUGAUACUGUAGAGUUCUCAAUCAGUUUCACGACGCCGUUGGAGAGGAUCGGGGCCAUGAAGGAGAGAAUAAAGAGGUAUUUGGAGAAGAAUUCACAACAUUGGCAUCCAAAUCACGAUGUGGUGGUGAAGGAGAUCGAAGAUGUGAAUAAGAUAAAGAUCGCUCUUUACGUGAACCACACCUUGAAUUUUCAAGAGUGGGCGGAGAAGAAUCGACGCAGAACCGAGCUGGUGAUGGAGUUGAAGAAAAUUUUUGAAGAACUGAAUAUCAACUACAAUCUCCUGCCUCAAACAGUUCAUCUCUUCCCGGUCGAAGCGCACUGAAGUAGAGCACAGAAGGAUCUUAAGCUUCAGGCCCUGGUUUUGGCAAAGCUUCUUUUAGCUGUUUUGUUAACUUAAUUAAAGACACUAACGACAUUUAACAAGAGAAUCGUUGUUGGUAUCAUUAGAAUCACUGAAUUUAGCCGUUGGAGUAAUUAGUAUGUUAAUUAUGAACUGAAAAAUUUUUAAGUUAUAUAUUUCGAUUUUAGUUUCAAUUUAAGCUUAAUAUUUUUGUAAA